UCUGGGCUCCCGCGGCGGAGCUGCGGCGGCUCCCGGGAGCGGGAGGCUCGUGGCGAGCGCGGCACGAGGAGGGCGGCGGGUCCUCCGGGGGCUCUCGCGUGGCCGAGCGGCGCGCUGCCGGGCAUGGCGGGCUCCCUGCCUCCCUGCGUGGUGGACUGCGGCACCGGGUAUACCAAGCUUGGCUACGCAGGCAACACUGAGCCCCAGUUCAUUGUCCCUUCAUGUAUUGCCAUCAGAGAGUCAGCAAAGGUAGUUGACCAAGCACAAAGGAAGGUGUUGAGGGGCGUGGAUGACCUGGACUUUUUCAUUGGGGAUGAAGCCAUCGAUAAACCCACAUACGCCACCAAGUGGCCAAUAAGACACGGAAUAAUCGAAGACUGGGAUCUUAUGGAAAGGUUCAUGGAACAUGUGAUUUUUAAAUAUCUUCGAGCUGAACCUGAGGAUCAUUAUUUCCUAAUGACAGAACCUCCGCUGAACACACCAGAAAAUAGAGAAUAUCUUGCAGAAAUUAUGUUUGAAUCUUUUAAUGUACCAGGACUCUACAUUGCAGUUCAGGCAGUGCUGGCCUUGGCCGCGUCGUGGACGUCUCGGCAGGUCGGCGAGCGCACGCUGACAGGCAUCAUCAUCGACAGCGGGGACGGGGUCACCCACGCCAUCCCAGUGGCGGAAGGUUAUGUAAUCGGAAGCUGCAUCAAACACAUCCCGAUUGCAGGUAGAGAUAUUACGUAUUUCAUUCAACAGCUGCUAAGGGAGAGGGAGGUGGGAAUCCCUCCUGAGCAGUCACUGGAGACCGCAAAAGCCAUUAAGGAGAAAUACUGUUACAUUUGCCCUGACAUCGUCAAGGAAUUUGCCAAGUACGACCUGGACCCCAGGAAGUGGAUCAAGCAGUACACGGGCAUCAAUGCCAUCAACCAGAAGAAGUUCGUGGUGGAUGUGGGCUACGAACGGUUCCUGGGCCCCGAGAUUUUCUUCCACCCCGAGUUUGCCAACCCAGACUUCGUGGAGUCCAUCUCGGAUGUUGUUGACGAAGUGAUACAGAACUGUCCCAUCGAUGUGCGCCGUCCGCUGUACCAGAACGUCGUUCUUUCAGGAGGCUCGACAAUGUUCAGAGACUUUGGACGGCGGCUGCAGAGAGACUUGAAAAGGGUGGUGGAUGCCAGACUGCGACUCAGCCAAGAGCUCAGCGGCGGCAGAAUAAAGCCCAGGCCGGUGGAGGUGCAGGUGAUCACGCACCACAUGCAGCGCUUCGCCGUGUGGUUCGGCGGCUCCAUGCUCGCCUCCACCCCCGCGUUCCUGCAGGCCUGCCACACCAAGAGGGACUACGAGGAGCGCGGCCCCAGCAUCUGCCGCCACAGCCCCGUGUUCGGAGUCCUGUCCUAGCGUCAGCCUGGCCCUUGGCCUGUGGGUCACCUCGCCAGCCCGCUGUCCUUCGGGCCCUGCAGAGCGGGGUCAGCGGUGAUGCCGAUGUUGGGGGACACGAGGCACCUGCGCCAGGCGGAGCCCCUGGGCCGCGGUGCCCCCCCUCCUCACGCCCUGCACUCCAGCCGGCCUCUGGGGACGCGGGAAUGUUGGAAGGAGCUUAACUGCGACUACUCACCGUUCGGAAAACAGCCAGACUGUGGCGCAGAGCAGCCUCCU